CCGCCGGGAGCAGCCGCGCGGGCGAGCGAGCCGAGUGCUAGUGAGUGUCAAUGCGGGCGCCGCCGGGGCCCGCGGGUGUUGAUCUGGGCCGGCGAGCCUAGUGCCGACGCGCAGGCGACACCGCCGAGAUGAAGACGGAGCACCGCACAUGUUGCGCGUGCGGCGAGCCGAUCGCCGACCGGUUCCUGCUGGAGGUGGGCGGCGGCGCGUGGCACACCGGCUGCCUGCGCUGCUGCGUGUGCGCCGUGCAGCUGGACCGCCACCCCUCCUGCUUCCUGCGCGACCGCCAGGUCUACUGCAAGCAGGACUACGCCAAGAGUUUCGGCGCGAAGUGCUCCAAGUGCUGCCGGGGCAUCUCGUCGUCGGACUGGGUGCGCAAGGCGCGCGAGCAGGUGUACCACCUGGCGUGCUUCGCGUGCGACGCGUGCGGCCGCCAGCUGUCCACGGGCGAGCAGUUCGCGCUGCACGAGGACCGCGUGCUGUGCAAGCCGCACUACCUGGAGACGCUCGAUGGCGGAUCCAUUUCGUCUGAUGACGGGUGCGACUCGGAGGGCUACCACAAGAGCAAGGCGAAGAGGGUGCGCACCACCUUCACGGAGGAGCAGCUGCAGGUGCUGCAGGCCAACUUCCAGCUGGACUCGAACCCCGACGGCCAGGACCUGGAGCGCAUCGCGCAGGUCACGGGGCUCAGCAAGCGGGUCACGCAGGUCUGGUUCCAAAACAGCCGGGCGCGGCAGAAGAAGCACCAGCAUACCGGCAAGGGGAAGCAGAAUCAACUGAUAUCGCGGGACGCGGACCCGGUGGGGUUUGGCCGCCCCAUCAACCUGCACCUCACCUACUCCUUCCAGAACAAGCCGCCUUUUGUCCCAAUAGAUGGGACGUCUUUCACGGAUUCGUCGAUGGAUGAGCUCUCGGAGGACUCGUCCAUCCACUGCAUGCAGAGCGAGGUGUAGGCCUGCAGCAAGAAGUUCAAGACUCCGGUUCAUCAGAUACUUUUAUAGAUUAGUUUAUAAUUAAUUCAUGCAUUUGGGUGUAUCUUUUUCUACUAGAUGAAUAAAUUAUCUUUAUAGCAUUAUGUAGUAAUUUAAGGUUUCAUGUUUCAAGAACUGAAGUGACACUCAAAGCUCUAUUCAAACUUAAAUUCAGGCAAGAAUAAGUUGAAUUUCAACGUAUGUUUGCCUGAAUAUCAGUUUGACCUACGUUAACAACAGGCUUAAAUCUUUUCUUGAAUGAAAAUAAUAUUUUGAAUGUCAUUUCAUAACACGAAAGUAAAAUAAUUAUGAUUCAAAGAUUUUAUUAAAAGCAUUUAAACUCAGUACCUGUAAGCACGAAAAUCUUAAGACUUCGAAUUCGCCAUCGAAAGAUUUAAGUUUAAGUAUGAAAAUACAAUUUAAACAGCGCCCCUGUUAACGUGACGUAAGUGAAAAUUUUGAAAAAUGGUAGCAUGAAACUAAUUUUGACAAUCGACGUCGUCACGUUAUCUUUGAAUUCGAAG